AUGAAAGUCCCAUCAACCCUAGUCAAAGCAGAUUCAAAUUCUGCUAACAUUGCACCAACUGCAAGUCCUGCUAGACCAAGUUUGUCAAAGAUUAACUUGGCACCAACCCCAGUCAAGGCUGUGUCAACUACAACUAGUGUACCUUCAAUGCCGGUUAAAAUUGACUUGGCACCUGCUAUUGUUGCUUCAACCCCACCUGACUUUGCUUCAACUCCUGUCCGGCUGUUCAGUGCAUCACUCGCUGCAGCUCGUCUGCAGAAAAGAAGUAGCAAGGAUACAAGUCAAGAUGAUGUUAAUACUGACCGACCAUUUAAGCUCGCGAGGCGUUCUACAUUAAGCUUAUUAAGGUCGCUGAACUUUGAUUCUUAUACAGAGGAUGAGAAAGCUAUGGAUGUGACUGAUGAUGAUGAAGACAUUGAUCAAGUACCGGUGGAAGAUGCAUCGACAGGGUCAGAGACUGAAUGCUCUAGCAGUCCCGGAAAAUUCACCGGCGGACCAAGUAUCAAACAGCACCAUGGAAUGUCGAGUUCUCAGUCAAACCAUGUCAGAAACACUCUUGUUCUUAAUAUUCAUGUGUCUUCUCUGCGUGGUGGUCCCAAAUCAGUUGAAAGCAAAGAAGAGCAUAUUGAAGAACAAGAGAGGAAAGCUAUAGAAUCAAAUCCAGCAAUCUCAGAGGCAAAGAGAAGGAGAAAGAUGAUGGCUUGUCUACAUAAACUUUUCAACGUCAUCCAUUACUUGAUCCAAUCAAUAAGGCAUUGGGUUAUCACAAAAGAAGAGCUUGUGUGCACAAGAUUAUCGCUGGCCAUUCUGAUAUUGCCGACAGAGGCAAGCCUCCUCUAA